AUGGCAGCCAACAAGCAGGUGAAAAUUUGUCUCGUGGGAGUGGCAGGGAAUGGAAAAUCCACUCUUGGGAAUAUUCUUCUCGGGCUCGAGCCCGACGACGAUGGCGGCUUCGAGACUAGCUCUGGAGCUAGGAGCUGCACACUUGACGUUCAGUGUAAAGACGGAAACUUCCGUGGAGGAGCAGGUCAGCCCAUACGAGUCAUCGAUACUCCCGGUCACGGAGACGGGGAGGGUCGGGACGAGGAAUUCAGGAAGAACAUGAUUGCCGAAAUGAAGAAAGAGGAGACAAUAGAUGCUUUCAUUUGGGUGAAGAAUUCUCAAGAUCCAAGAUAUAACAAAUCGGAAGCCGAGUAUUUCCAAAUACUCAUCGAAAUAUUUGGCGGAGCCUACUUUCACAACUUCGUGGUUGUUUUCAGUCGAUGGAGUUUCAGUGAAUCAGAGGAACGGAAGAGGGGAAAACUUCGAAACCGUGUGACUUUGGAAGGAGUGAAGACUGAGCUUUGGGAUUCUUUUCUCCGGGAUUAUGAAGGCAACCGAAAUCAGGUUCGGGUGCCAAUGAUGGCGAUCGAUGCGUUACACGACGUAAAUGAGCAAAAUGAGGUAGACGCUUUCGAAAAGGAAAUGAAUUUGCUCUGGGACACCAUCAGUAAGUUCAGCGCCAGACCAGUGAACAACAUAGAAAUGGCUCUGACGAAAAUAGAGAAAAUGAAAAAGGAAAUGGAAGAUGAUCAACGGAAGUUGAAGGACAUGAAAAGCCGGAUGCGCUCACUGGACCAACAGAAACAAUUGGAACUGAAACUCCAGGAGGCAGAAUUCCAACGCCGCAUCAAAGAAGCAGAAUCGAAAAUCAAAGAAGAAAAGGAGAGAAUCGAGGGUCCUCCUUGGGUCAAGUUCAUCUCCUUUCUCGCCACCCCACUCAUCGCGUUGGGAAGAAGGCUCUUUGGAAAAUAA